AGACAGGAAGUGAUAAAAAAUCCCUAAGAAGUUUAAUUUUAAGAACAUGAUGUUGUUUUGUCCAUUUGAACCAGUAUUGAAGUAGUGACGAGGUCACUGUUUCUCAAUGUGUGUGGCACACUAGGCUUACAGUUAUGCCUCAUCAAGCACUGUGUUCUGUAAUGUCUAGAAGGUAUAUACUUGCAACAAAAUAACCAACCAAAUUGGGGCACUAACGGCUCCAUCUGUCUUUCCUCAAUUGAAUGUAUAAGAAUUAAAUGUAUAGGAAUUACAUGUAUAGGAAUGACAACAUUUCCUCUUGACAGACAACAUUUUGACAGGAUGUAACCUCCUCAAGGAGAAAGCUGUAUUUGGUAGCCAAAUGCAGAUGGAAAGCUGAAGGCCCAUGUUGACCAGUCCAGAUGGCAUAGGGAGAUACCAGCCAUGCAAAUGGCAAAGAUCCCUUUUUCAAAGUAGCUACUCAUUGUCAUAUGUCGCCUCCGUCGUGCUGCUUUCAAGCAUUUUCCCAUUUACUUUAGUCAGACUGUUCACCGUGAGCAUUCAGCCUACCCCGAUGGUCUCCUGGUAGACAUGGAUGACAAACUGCAUCCCACCUUUUGAUCACUAGUUUCACAGGUCAAACCCAGGUUUAAGAGCAGAUUUCUUGAGGCAAGAAACUGCACAUGGAGCUCACAGAAAACAAGAACAAAAUGGAAUUCAAACAAACGAUGUGGGCCAGAGCGGUAAUACUUUACUGCGGCGUGGUAUUCCUCUACCACCAGGCCUUAGCAGUGGAUACCUACAUGGCUGAGUUCAUGGUAGAGAGCAAUGUUACAUUUGACAUCUCUGGUACUCUAUCAUCGAUCAAGGAAAUAACUACAGAUAAUGGAAGUAUGACCAUUGAACUGCUUGAACUAACAGCGGAAUGUGAAAUUGUUGGGGGUAAUUCUAAAUGCAACUGUUCGACAACGUACAUCUGGAGCAACGCAGUGUGUGACGAGUUCCAGUGCUGCAAUGGCUCGUCUUGUAAUGCAAAUAUUUCUGACUUGCCAGCCUUCUGUAUUCCCAAAGUGAAAGUUUUCUUUAAUGGAACAGUCACAGUGGAAAAAGUAUUUAGUGAAACUAAUACUAUCAAACAACAGCUCACAGAGGGUUUUCAACAAUUAAAUGGGUUUGAGGGCCUUAAUGUAUCUGGACCUAGGGGUGAUGGCCACAUUGUUGAUUUCGAAGUGGAUGUCAGUGUCAUAUUUCUGACUAAAAAACUUACAAAAAUAACAGCUGACCUGGAAACGACUGUAGGCUCCUCUGCCAAAAUAUCUGUUGAAACAUCAGGAUUUGUGAGCAUUAAGUAUCCAAUGAACAAAGUGCCAUACCGCUCAACACCGACGCUGAGUUGCACAUUUAAAGAAACAACAUUUGAUGAAACAGGUGGCUCUUGGAACUGGAACUUGAUAAAGGGAAGUGAGACAUUUGGUCUGAACACUGGAACCAGCAUAACCGUGACAUUCCCAGAGGCAUCACCUAACUGUACCACAGUCCAAAUUAAAAAGUUGUCAGGGAACUGGGCAGGAAUGUAUAAGUGUGGAUUUUCCCAAGGAUCCAUUGUGCAUGCAGCCUCUGCAGAGUUGAAGGUAGCCCUGCUACCAGAUCAGAUCACCAUGACGAGUACCCCACUGACUGUAGAAUGCCAUGAUAUAAACUCUCAAAGUGUGAUGGUCAGCGCAACCAUCGAGAACAGCACGGAGAUGUACAAUGUUACUUGGUCAUACCAAGCUCAAAUGGAACCCCCAAAUCAAUCCUCAGUCUCGCCAGCGGGGACCAGCUACAACAUAACUUCAAAGAUAAAUUGCGAGCAAACAGAAUUACCACAUGUUUUCACAGUCAAAUUUACAAACCAGGAGAAUGAGACUGAAAGUGCAAGCAUAACUAUACCAGUGAUUUAUGCUGAGGAAAAGGAGAUGGCUUGUUUAGUAGACUAUCUUUGGCCAAAAACCCCAAAAGGUGACACUAUUGUCAUCCGACAAUGUGAGCCGAGGAGAGUGGGGUAUAACGAGAGGACAUGCAAGGGGCCUGCAUGGAUGGAUGUGCUGGAUAACUGUGUCAAUGAGGAACUUAAUCAAAUUCUCAUUUCAGCAGCAAACUUUAGAGAGGGACUUGGGGCCACACAAGACAUUGCUCAUGAAAUAUUUUCUGGGUUGAAGAACAGCACAGUUGCUGACACGAACAGCUCAGUUGCUGAUUUGAAUGCAUCCAUCAGUAUUCUGGAUGUCAUGUCUGAAGCAUCAGAAACUAUCACCCUGGAUGAGUCCGUUGUAGAUGUUUUUCUUGAUGCAGCAAGCAACAUGUUGAAUAACCCUUGGAAGGCAGUCAACAAAACCAUUGAAUAUGGAAUGUCUUCAAAAUACCUCAAGUCUGUCGAGGGUCUAGUGAAGAACAUAAAAAUGAAUAUCAGUAACGGAAAUGACACCCCAAAUCUACAAUUCAAACUCUGCCGAGCUCAAAAUAACUCAUCUUGCAAUCGAACUGUGUUUGGCGUUGAGGUCAAUUUGGCCCAGUCCUCAGGAAUAGUAAAAACUGUGGGAGUAAAAAACCUGGCUGACAAAUUAAACAAUUCAAAAUUCCCAGACAGUGAGUUCCCUAGCAUUGUGGUGUCAGCCACACUGCAAAACAGUAACGACUCCAAAAUAGACAUCAAAUUGGACUUUCCCAUCAACCAGUCAAUGUCUCGAGACUCUAAAAUCCUCUGUGUGUUCUGGAACACCACAUUAAAGGAAUGGUCUGAAGAAGGCUGCAAGUGGAAGGAAAUGGUCAACAACAAAAGCUACUGCGAGUGCACCCACCUGACCUCCUUCUCAGUGCUCAUGUCCAAGACCCCGGUGAACCUGCCCUUUCUGGAUGAGAUUACCUACGUAGGCCUGGGCAUGUCCAUCUGCUCCCUUAUUGUCUUCCUCUUCAUCGAGGCGCUGGUGUGGUCGGCUGUUGUGAAGUCCAACCUCUCACACUUCCGCCACACAGCCCUGGUCAACAUCUCUCUAUGCCUUUUAAUGGCCGACUGCAGUUUCCUGGCCUCCUCCAUCCCCAGCAUCCCUGAUACCUGGUGCCUCAUACUGACCGUGACCAAGCAUUUCUUCUUUCUGGCUAUGUUCUGCUGGAUGCUAUGCCUCAGCGUCAUGCUACUACACCAGCUCAUCUUCGUCUUCCACCCGCUGAGGAAGAGGGUGUAUCUGCUCUUGUCCACCGUCCUCGGGUAUGUCUGUCCCACAGUGAUCGUGGCAGCUACCUAUGUGUACUACAAAUACACAGGAAACCCCUACCACAACAAAACAACCUGCUGGCUCAUUUACGAUGGACUUCUGAAAGGGUCCAUUUACGCAUUUCUUCUGCCCAUCGGGACGAUUGUUUUGAUGAAUCUGUUCUCCAUGUGUGUUGUCAUCAUGACGCUCAUAAAGUCCAAUGUCCCUGAUGGAAGUAAAGCCGACGAGAAAGAGACAGCCAAAAGCAUCCUGAAAGUGGUCGUCUUUUUAACACCAGUCUUUGGGAUAACAUGGGUUUUGGGAUUUUUUGUGCUCAUUGAUAUCAAAGAAAUGAUGGGUGUUGUGAUGCAUUAUGCUUUCACCAUCACAAACUCCUUACAGGGCUUCUUCAUUUUACUGACUGGAUGUUUUGCAGAGAAGAAGGUGCGAGAUGAAGUGUUGAAAGUCAUCUUGGCUGGGGCACCUACUCCCAAAGAGAAAAGUGAGAAUAUGAAAGUCCCCUUCAAAUAAGUGAUGAACAUCAAGAGAACUAGCUAUAUACUGGAUCAAGCUAUAUACUGGAUCAGGACCAACCCACCCAUCUGCCACUACUCUCACCCAGAGGGAAACAUCCACCUGGUUGGUUCCUCAAAGACAGUGAUGGCUGGGGUUUAGGUGGUGUUUAGAUAACAUGAUUUCAUUAUAUUAUGUCAAUAACAUAUUAAGUUUCAUGUUAAUUACUAAACUCAUACACAUUCAUCAAUUGCUAAACACAUCUUUGUGAUUUCCUGGAAACAUUUGUAUUCAUAUUUUCUACAAACAGUACUGUAGCAUACUUUGACGUCA